UUUGGCGUAACGCAAUCGUAGGUGUCUCUAAAAGCAAAACUGGAUCUUGUUGAAAGCGUCCAAUAUUACAUGAAACAUUAUUUGACCUGUUUUCUUCUCAAAAUGAUGGGUAGAAUUCAAGCGGGUUUCGUUUUCAUAAUAUUAUUGUUUUGCUCAGUGGAAUGUCGUAGAAGACGAUUUCGAGAUUGUCCAGAAGAAAGGUUGAAAAUCCGUGAAGACCAAGCAGAUGUUAUUUUAACAGGAACAGUAAAACGGUUAUAUGGUGCUCAAGAUGGUUUGUACAGUGGUGAAGUUUUGGUGAAGCGAGUAAUAAAAGGAGAUUACAUUAAAUCUGGCGAAUCCUUGAUUGUGGAAGGAUUUGGAAACCCUGAUAUCUGUGAUAGCAAUGGUAAAAUUAAAGACUCUAAAAUAUUUCUUUUGAGUCAAUUGCAAACUGGCAGAUUUCGUCUAAACUCGAGCAUGGUUCAAAUGAAUACCGCUAAUUUGGAAAAAAUAACUGCAACUGUUAAGGGUGUUCCAUAUAGGCGUAGAUCACCAAUUGCUGAAGAGCCGUGUGAAAAGAAAUUCUGCAAAUUCCAUGGUGAUUGUUUUGAAGAAAAUCGUCGAGCAUCUUGUCGUUGUGCAACAAACUGUAAAGAACAUUAUAAUCCUGUUUGUGGCAGUGAUGGACUAACUUACAAUACAGAAUGUCAGUUAAGAGUUGAAUCUUGCCGCAAGAAGAAGAAAUUAUAUGUACGUCAUGAAGGACUUUGUUUAAGGACAGAAUAACUGUACAAAGACAAUAACUUUUUAAUAAUACUUUAUUUAAAUUAACCUAAAAAAGUAUUAAAAAAUCGUAACUAAA